AUGCGCAGUUACGUACUGCAACUCCCCAAAUCAUCGGUGAAAGGAAGUGUGGCAGCUAUAGCCCCUCUGCGGCAAGUAGGGCUCUGUCAGAAGCCUGGCCGUUGUGCGCUGAGGACGUCCAAAGAAUUUCAGUGUUUGACCAUCCAUGUCUUUGGAGCAUCGCCCGAGUCUGUUGGGAAAACCGGAUCAGCAAUGCUGAAUCUUCCUGGAUGGGGACCCAAAGACGGGCCACAUAAACGGCUGGAGACAUUGUCAGACAUGGCCCAGUCGCGCCCUCAAUGGCGCUCUUCGCUGACAGUGCUGUAUUUACGAACGAAUUUAUCAGCUCCCCUCCAAUCUGCAGCUACAUACCCUAAAUCAUCGGUGAACGAAACUGUGGCAGCUACAACCACUGUACGACAAGUACGCGGUUCUUACAGCUGA